AUGUUGCCAUAUGCUUUAUUGGGUUAUCGAACGACCGUCAGAACAUCGACUGGAGCUACUCCAUACUUACUGCUAUAUGGAACAGAGGCAGUCAUACCUGCUAAUGUUGAGAUACUGUUAAUGAGAAUCAUCCAAGAAGCUAAGUUGAGUAAUGUUGAAUGGGUUAGAAAGAGAAUCGAUCAGUUAAAUUUGAUUGACAAGAAGAGAAUGAUUGUCGUCUAUCAUGGUCAAUUUUAUCGACAGACAAUGAUUCGUGCUUUUCACAAGAGAUGCAUUUUCCCUUAUCAAGACGAAUACAAAGGAAAAUUUGUGCCAAAUUGGCAAGGACCCUACAUGGAUUGCAAGGUAUUAUCUGGAGGUGCUUUGGUCUUGUCGGAGAUGGAUGGAACCGCAUGGCCAAAACAAAUCAACUCGAAUGCUGUCAAAAGAUUCUACAAGUGA